AUUCAGCUCACUGCCAACGAUGGCCAGCGGUCCCGAGGCGCAAGAUGCCCUUUUUGACAAGCCUACUGACCGUGACGUCCCACACCAUCUAGCGCGAGCGACGUUCCGCAUGGACUUUCCCCCAUCCUACGUUAUCGUUGGCGUUUACAGGCUGUGUACGGACAAGAACCUCUACAAACCAGCUUGGGACAAGUGUAAGCACGCGGCGAGGCGCGGGGCAAUUGUUGGCAUCGUCUGGGCUACCCUUACCUUCGGGAUCCAGAAGAAGAUUAUAGAGAUUUUCCUAGCAAAUUCGCCGCGCAUCACUGGCUUGUCGAAUGAUACGAUGUUCGGGUAUAAAAUACCCUUCAACAUCCAUACCUACGCCGCCGUCCUCUUACUCGGCUUUCAACUGACUCAAAUACUUCGCUUCUUCCUCGCCCGCAACAUGCGCAUCGCACGAGACAGGGCAUGGGACCAAACUGUCGCUUCAAGAGGUAAAGGGCCCGAUUUUUGGCAACCAUACGUGGAAGAGUGGGAACACCCGCCUGUGGUUGAGAGAUCGGAGUUGGUGAAGCGUUGGUUUGGUGGGUGGUUUGGCCUUUUCGUGAUUAAACGUGUCAUCCUGAUACCCUUCAAUUUCUACCCGUUCAUCGGAAUCAUCAUCUCGGCGUGGUUUAAGGCGUUGGGAACUGGUCAUAUACUACACAGACGUUACUUCGAAGCGAAGAAUAUGACAGAGGAUCAAAUCUCGGUGUUUAUAGAAGAAAGGAAAUGGGAGUACCGCUCAUUUGGAUUCGCCGCUGCCCUUCUUGAGGGUCUCCCAAUUAUUGGACUAGUGUUCACCAUCUCCAACCGUGUUGGUGCAGCUAUGUGGGCUCACGAUCUUGAGAAGAGACAACAUUUCGUAGCAGAAGGCGGCUUGACGUUGAAGAAAGACUGAAAUAUGCUUGUACGGGUUCAUUGUACGACUAAAAGACAUUCUUGUCCGGGGACUCCAGUGAGGCAUGAGAACCCUGCACUACUCAUUGGGUUGCACGUUGCCUCCUCAAGCUCACCUGUUUACGACAGAGCGAAUGCACUUCUACAUACAUAACGCCUCCGACCAGCGAGGCCGACGGAUCAAGUUACUGAAUAUGAAAUCCUUGCUCGUCGGGCGAGGAGUUUGGAAUC